UAAUAUAAAACAUUAUAUUGUGGUAUUACUGGCUUCAAACUGACGUUUGAGUUUUGACAGAUAAGUUUAUUUGGUUUAAAAUUUGGAAUAUAAACAUAGUAGAUAAUAAAGGUAUUUAUAAUAAUUUUGAUAAGGUACAUAAAUUUUACGUAUUAUUUCCUUUUCUAAUAAUGUUUAUUUAUGUACUUUUUAUGUGUUUCUUACAAAUUAUUAUAACACACAAUAAAGAAAGUGGCUGCGGUUGUAAUAUAGAUCGUGAACAAAGUGAAAACUUAGGAAAUGGAGAUAUAUUUAAAUCUCUUGAAAAAACCGACCAGUGUUCAAUAGAAUUUAAAAACAAUGAAUUGGAAAAUGAAGUUGAAGAUAUGGUCCUCAUUCCAGCAGGAGAAUAUCAAGUGGGGACUGACGAAAUUAUAAUAGAAAGUGACAAAGAAGGGCCGAAACGUUUAGUGGAAUUGAACGGUUUUUAUUUAGAUAGAUAUGAGGUUUCUAACAGAGAUUUUAAUAAGUUCGUUACAAUUACGAAGUAUAUCACGGAAGCAGAGAAAUUUGGUGAUAGUUUUGUGUUUACUUUAUUUUUAAACAACACAUUUAAAGAGCAGUUAAAAGAUUUUCGUGUUAUACAAGCAACGUGGUGGUAUAAAGUUACAGGAGCUAACUGGAAAAGUCCACAUGGUCCGGAUUCAAACAUCAAAGAUGUAAUGGAUCACCCAGUAACACAUGUCUCAUGGAAUGAUCGCGAAGGCUUAUUGCAAAUGGCGAGGGCAAGGCUGCCUACUGAGGCAGAGUGGGAAGCAGCUUGCAGAGGUGGACAUGAGGACAGGAACUAUCCUUGGGGUGAUAAACUAUUUCCAGGACGGAAACACAUGGCUAACAUCUGGCAAGGGACAUUUCCACAUUACAACUCAGCUAAAGAUGAGUAUAUCGGCACAAAUCCAGUUCAAUUAUUUCCUCAAAAUGAAUUAGGACUCCAUAAUAUGGCUGGAAACGUUUGGGAGUGGACUGAAGAUAACUGGCUUGAUAACAAUUCCAAAGAAAAAGUAAAGAAGGGUGGUUCUUACUUGUGCCACCACUCGUAUUGCUAUCGCUACAGGUGUGCGGCGCGUUCACAUAAUACUGAAGACAGUUCAGCAGGAAAUUUAGGAUUUCGAUGUGCUAAGUCUGUAUAAAAUGUAGAUAUUUUUUUAUAUUAUACACUUAGUUUCAAAAGCAGUACUUAAAGUAUAGUGUAUGUGUAAGUAAAAAUAUUAUGAUAAACAGGACUUGUGUUUCUAAAACUUACUUAAUAUAUUGUGUUCCUAUCAUAUUGUAAUAUGUUGGCCUCUUAGAGGAAAAUUUUAUUUGUACAGGCCUAAUACAAUUUAUAAUUAUCAUUACAGUAUAGUGCUUAAGAAAAUAAUAAAUUAAUCAUUUCAUUAGGUAAUUUGAAUGAAAAAAAUAUUUCUUUCUAUAUUUCUUUAUUUCUUUCUUAACUAGUAAGCACCAAGUACCAUGACAGAAAUUAUACUAUAUCAAUUAGAUAAUAUUUAUAACUUAUUGUGAAAUACUUUUAUGAUAGAUAAUUUAGUAGGGUAUGGUUCAAUGAUAUCUUUUGACAUACACAUAACUUUAGAUAAAUACUCAUAAUUAUGUUUGUUGAUAAUAUUCCAUAUCUAUAUAUUUGUUUAAAUCAAGAUUUUCAAAAUCACUGCCAUUUUUGUUUGCCAAUGGAGUGACGUUGCAUGAGGACUGUGUCCCUUUUUACGAAAAUUACGCGAACGGAAGAGUAUGAAAUUUGGCAUGGUUAAAUUUAAUAUGUUACUAGUGGAAAAAGCUAAUAUUUUUUAUAUUACACGCUUCCAUGCGUUUGACACACAUGUGCCUACUACAUACACACUUUCGGUUACCUAUAAAGUGUGCGGUAAAAGUUUACAUCGAGAAGAAAUUAAUAUUAUGAUAUAUGAGUCUUACUGAAUUUUAAAUAACACUAUUUUAUGGA